AUGUCGACUUGCGCUGGCCCAGAGAAGCGGCCAGGGCGCAUCGCCUGCAUCCAGCUCGACUCCAAGCAUGCCGAUGUGCCUCGGAACAUAGAGACAGCUCUGCGCCUUGGCGCUGGUCUCAUUGCCGACCGAUUCGCGGAUCCGGUCGAUCUGGUCGUGCUUCCCGAGCUCGCACUGACGGGCUACGUGUUCGAAUCCAGAGAGGAGCUCGAUCCGCUCCUCGAGGAUUCAAGCACCUUCUCACCGCCGCGCCCCAUCUCUGGGCCUGCGCUGUCGAGCGAUGCGGCUGCCUUCAUCUCGGCGUGCCGCAGCUCGUGCGUUGCUUCGGAUCAUCCGAGCCUAAACCUCGCAGCUCAUGUGGCGCAGCAGCUGCAAUGUCACGUUGUCAUCGGCUUCCCCGAGCGCGGGUCUCCUGACCAUGACCAGGCGAUACGCGCAACCGCGGCUGGCGCAACCGCGGUCAGCGCGCCCUACGACGCAAGGCCCAUCGAGCACCGCGCCGAGCCAACAGCGAUCGAGGCCCGCGCCGCCUACAACUCGGCUGCCCUGAUGGCGCCGGAUGGGUCGCUCCUGCACGUCUUUCGCAAGCAUUUCCUGUUCGAGACCGACGAAAAGUGGGCGGUCCAGGGCAGUGGCUUCCAGACGCUCCGUCUGCCCGCGCUCGGCACAGUAUGCGUCGCCAUCUGCAUGGAUCUCAACCCAUUCCGAUUCACCGCCCCUUUCGAAGCCUACGAACUCGCUUCCUUCUGCGUCGAGCACGACGUGGACCUGCUCGUAAUGCCCAUGGCCUGGUUGGCGCCGAGUGACGAGCGCCAUCAGCUUGAAUCCGACCAAGCCGCUGCGCCGCCACAGCCCAGCCUAUCAACCAUCAACUAUAGGCGCUGCGUUGCAAACCUUUCUUUCAACCGCCCAAGCCCCCGAGCCAUCCGGCGCGCUUCCUCGACGCCUUUCUCCGAACGACGACGCCGUCAAGAACACUCUGCCAUGAGGCUGCCUUCUCUGCUCAAACUCGGCAGCGCCGCGGUGCUCGCCACCCUUUGCUUCUUACCGCACAGCAGCACAGCUGUUGGCGAAGAAGCUGGGCCUAGCUCUGUCCCCUCUUGGGUUGAAAGGGCACGGCCGAGGGUGGAAGACUACAUCACGUUGCUCCACCCGCAUCGCAUCGCUUUGUUGCGCCACGAUGCUCAACUGCAUCCCAACAUGGACUCGUAUCAGUAUCUUCCGUUCAUCGAUGGCUAUCCCCUCUUCACCACGCGCACCGAUCCAGAGACGGCCGAGAUGGCGCUCAGCUACUACGAUCGCGUAGGCAUCCUCGACACCGCAAGGCACGACGGCCGCUUGAUCAAGUACGGCAACGCACGUCUCGAGCAGGAUCUCUUGCCCGACCUCGACCGCGCCCUGAACCUGCACAGCCUCGACUCCAAGGUGCACCGUCUGCGUCAUCUUGUGCUCCGCGGUGGGAUCGCCGUGCCGCCUCGGCCGGACAUCUUGUCGCUGCCACACGUCAGAGGAGUUCCCGUCCUCACCGCCGAAUUCUCCACGCUCGACCAGAUGCUUCACGCUGCUGGAACGGGCAAUGGCGACUUCUGGUACCUUCGAAGCUCAGCGCCGAUCGUCAAGAUCAACCCGCGCGAGGAAGGCCUGUUCGAGUUAGCCACCGCGCGAGACUUGCGGGAGAUCGAGCGCGUCAGCUCAGGCGUGCGCCAUGCCAGGCUGCGUUACGGCGACUCGCUUUCCUCCCUCCUUUGGGGCGCGCCCGUCGAAUUAAGGGACUUGCAUCGCCAAGACCGCAUCAGGCGCCCUUCGCUCGCUCACUAUCCGCGACUCGUCGAUAGCGAAUCGCGCGACGAGAUGAUCAACGCGCUUCAGACGCGUGGACGAUUCCGCCUCUACAGGUCCGGCCAACACGCGGGAGAGAGGUUCAAGGUGAUGCUCAUCAAUCCUGAUGCUCAGCAGGGCACGCACAUGCGCAUAGAGGUCAGACCGCUCACUGACUGGGAACGAACCCAGGAAGACUGUGCUGCGCCCGCUGACACAUCCAAGGGCAAGGAGAUAGUCGACGAAGGGGCGGGUCCCAGCAGCCCUGUGCCGUCCGGUUCGGGGUCGCCGGUUCUUUCGCACCGACCAGUGAGCGAGCUGCAGCUGCUCGAUCCACCUCCUGAUCCAUUUGACCCAACUCCGCUUUCAUUCGACGACAUCGUUGACGGCCGCUACGUCCCCACGCCCAUCACCUCCACGCACAUCUCGCAACUGACCGAAGCCGAAAACGAUGCAACCACAUUGCUUCUAGCCGACGAUACCCGACACUCUGCAGGUCCCAUCGUCGACCUUACCAAUCCUCGAUCCUAUCGAUCCUUCAACGCGCUCGUGCAUCGGUAUCGAAUGGUGGAUCUCUACCGCAUCCUACCCGAUGGCUCAAUCGAUGCUCGAUCGCUCUUCUUCUCCCCCCGCGCCAAAAAACUCCUCUCCAUUACAAAAGGUGCUCCCCUGAUCGCCCUGCAUGAGCGCAUCAGUAAGAUCGAACACAUCCGUCGCAACUACGGAGACAACGUUGCUUGGGCAAGAUUUCAUCGCCCUUUCACUCCAGUCCAUAGAGCCAUCCGGGAAUCCGGCGUGCAGGUACAACCAACCUGGAAGGAUGUCCUCGCUACAGGGUUCUUUCAGACCCCCAUUCGAGGUCAGGCCGCAGAGAUUCGCACGUACUUUGACACCCACCGCAUCGCAAAGUUCAUCAGCAUCGACGCUUCUUGCAUUGCUGAGAACAACACGAAGCAGCUCCGAGAGGAAGCCGCAUCGAUCCUCCUCAUUCCAGAUGUGCAAUGGGAAGCCGAUGCGAUGCCGGUUUCCAUCAGUCUCAUUUCAGACGUGCAUCGUGAAGGGUUUGUGAUGUCGGGCCGUUAUGAAGGUGAGAGCUGCGUGGGUCGCUGGGGAGUUCUCACGCCAGCGUCUCAUGACAAGCCCGGUCCCCACAAUGAAAAGCGCAAGGCCGAUCCGAGACCGAUGCUAUCCCGUCAGAUGCUCUACGAAGUGGGGCGACGACUGUCACAAAGAGUCUACACCAUGCACUCGUAUCGGCUUUCGACUUUUCUGUCCAUCUUCCUCCUCGGGUCGAUCGCUUCGAUCCACGCUCUUUCGUCUCCGCGCUUGAAGCUGGAAAAGCGUGUCAACCCGGACUUCGCCUCUGGCACGGUACCGGAACAUGCCUCUGGUACGGUACCUGGACACGAAGCCGAGGUGCUACCGGAGCAUUUAGCGGGUCUUCUGCCGGAGAGCGCAGGGACGUCCUCGGACAACGUAGCUGGGACCAUAUCGUAUCAAGCGAUUGAAGCUGGCUUUUUCCGACCUCACACCCGAUGGACUCCGCUGAGGACUACCUCCAUGCGUUCAUUGUGGUACUACAGCGCCUUAUUCCACAAGCGAGUACCUAUCUUCUUCAUCGGGCAUGAUGGAUUUAGCAAACGGGAGCUUGAGCAAGCCUAUGCUGAUUUUGGCGGCUUUCACGUCAUGGGUCGACCCGAACUGGGCCAGCAUACUCUGACGGUCUCCAAAGGUCGCUACGACAUCCCCUUGGUUCGCCAUGCCACUCGAAGUGUUCAUCAACACGCUCUCAACGCCUACUCUACUCGAUCCGUGUUUGGAGAUACUGCGGCAUCGGUUGCUUUUGGCUACGAAGCGCCACCAACCCACUCGUUGAUGCGUUCGAAUGCGGCCUUGCCAUCGUGGAAUGCGGUUUGGGAGGGUAUGCGCGCUCCCGAGAACAUGGUGGUUCGCGACGCAAAGCGUCAGCUCGAAAGGGAUCGCCAUAUCACCUUUCAGUCGGCCGAUGGCAGCAAUCAGCUCGGUGUGCGCCUGCUCAAUAACGGCAAGAAAGAGAUCCAGUGGCUGAUUGAUACCCGCCCCGUAUUCCGCCAGAUCUAUUAG